UGGCAACCUGAGAGCAAGACAAAAUCUGCAAUCAACAAAGUCCUGGAUACUCCAGAAAUGCUGGAGAUGAUCCUGGCUCGGGUGGAUAUGCGCACGCUUCUCACAUCUGCUCAACGAGUCUGUCGCAACUGGGUGAACCUGAUCAGCAAGUCACCAUCAAUACAAAAGGCGCUUUUCUUCACUCCGAUCAAGGACUCCGAAUGGGGAAUGGAAGAAAAGAUACCCAAUCCGCUAUUGACGGAGACUUUUCCUUCUAUCUUUCCCGCCAAAGACAGACUGGACCGCUACCAGUUCAAUUUUUCCAAGUUGACCAUGACCAAAGAUGCCUCAACCAUGGCUCGAUUCGUAGGACAGGACGCAAGCUGGCGCAAGAUGCUAGUCCAACAGCCUCCUGUCUCGGAUAUUGGGCUUUUCCAUAUUUGCGAUGCAAUGGGCGGUACUAGUGCCGGAAGCUCUAGUAUUCCGGCGGAUAAAAAGAUGCAAGAAUCCGGAUACGAUGGUCUUCGGAUGGAAAGGCUCUUCGAGCUUUUGCUCUUCAGCAACCUGGUUCAAUUCUUGCCUUACACCAGGACACGGGUGUACUGGUCUACUGAAGAGCCGAUCCUACAUGGCGAGAGCCAGAAUAUCGACGAUGAGUUCCAUCGGAUCAUGAGCAAGUUUGGCUUAGUUCUUUAUACACGCGAUGUGAUACAGUGCUCUUAUAGGCUAGAUCCUCCGAGUGCCGCGGAACUUAUCAGGCGUGAGAUUAUCUCAGCUUAUAGAGAACACGGUUUGGAUGUUGAUUUCAAGAGAAAGGAUAUCGAAGAAUCGAAGAGUGAAGUAAGGGGAGUAAGGGCGUAA